GGGGGUUGUUGAGGGAAAAAGUACCAGUGAGUGAGGUCAGCAGCAUAGCAUGAGUCAACCUUGGGGAUGUAUGCAGUCAUCAUCAUCAUCAUCAUCGCAGGGCUGUAUUGUGCGGGCCCGCUGCUGGCCGCACAGAGCUGCCACUGUGCGAUCCUGCGGGCGAGGAGCAGCUCUCAUGACCAACACAGGUGUUGCCCAUGAAUGAGAAAAACACACAGACUUCUUCAGAUCUGCUCACCCCAGGCCAGCGACCUCUGACAGGGUCACAAAGAAGUCCAGAGGGGAGGAGAAGAUUAUCCUGGUUGACCUUUCUACUGCUCACUCUGAUGUCAAUGUAAUUUGAACAAUUUAUUAAACAAGUGAUCCAGUGGAACAUUAUUAGCUGGUUUGGUGGGGAAUAUUUAUCAGAUUUCUUCAUGCCCGUCAUGAGUGUACCCACCCAGCAGAAACCCAGCGCCAAGAGAACGGGCAAACGCAUCACAUUUUUCCACGAUCAGAGCAUAGCAAUGAAGGAAACGUCUCAGCACCCUGAAGGGUCCUACUAUGUCCCAGGUGGCCCUGCCUCAGACCCCGGACAGAGUGAGGCUGCAAGUACUGUGACUUCAAAUCCAGAGGCCCCUCACAUGUACCUUAACUCUGUUAUCUUCAGCCCAGACAAAGGGGACCAGAGCAGGGGUCAUUAUCAGCAGACUGUGCCUAUGAAGUGGGCCCACCAGGAGCCGGCUCAGCAGCAGCCGUCUCUGUCCCAGCAGCAGAGAGCCGCCUCCUGGAAUACCAUGACAAACUGGGGACAAAACUUUGCAAAUUACAUAGGGGGUGUAAACGUAACAGACUCAAGGACCCAAAAUGCAUUUGUAAAAUCAAUGCAUGAGCCUUCUGGCGUACAGCCGAAUCAACAGCCCCCUAACAGAGCUGCAGAAAAGCAGCCUCCGGGUCCUAACCCUGCAGGCGAAGCAUACAGGGAUGCUGUUAAGGCUCAGGGCCUGGAUUGGGAGCAGCAGCAGUCCCAGGCCUUUCCGGAGACGUUGAAACCCGGGGCGCUGAACCCCCAGCAGCACAGCACGUCUCACCCCGGAGGAAGCUCAGUCUUGCAGCCCUUUCAGUUGGCCUUUGGGCAGCCCAAGCAGCACCUGCCGGCGUACUACCAGGCCUUUCAGGCCAACAGGACAACGCUACCUAACCCACCCAACUACCCAACACAAGCAAAGCCCCCUCCCCAGUUGCAGCAGUUGCAGAAGCAAGAGCAAAUACGGCAGCAACAACAGCAUCACAUACUCCAGCAGCAAAUUCAGCAGCAGCACCAUCAACAGAUGCAGCAGCAACAAAUAAUUCAGCACCAACAGCACGUACAGCAGCUUCAGCAGCAGCAACAAAUGCAGCAUGAGCAGCAGCAACAAAAGAUACAACAGCAGCAGCAGCUCCAAAUUCAGCAGCAACUGCAACAUCAGCAGUUGCAACAACAAAACCCUCAUGUGCUUGACUAUUAUCCCGCUGCACAAAAUGCACACCCGCAGCCACAGCAUUUGGUGGUACACUCCCAGGAGUCCUCGGCCCCAGAUCCCUCGAAGAUCCAGGAGCCAAUUAUCCAGGACAUCACCCCAGAACCCCUGGAGCCUUCGGAUCUGCUGCCGCCCAUUCUUCACCCUGAACCCCCAACGCAACCCCAGAACCAAUCCCAAACGCAGCUUCGUAGAUCGCGACGGCUCUCCAAGGAAGGCGGGGCGCCAUCCGACAACCCUUUUCUUUCGGUUUCUUCGGAUCAGGCUGUUCCUGGAGGGCCGCAGGGCUCCCAGAACGGGGCCUGUGACAUCCAGGCAGCCCCGACGGGCGUCAUCCAGAGCACACGGAGGAAACGCAGGGUGUCCCAGGAGGUCAACCUGGAGACUCUUGCUCAGAAGGCCUCGGAAAUGGAGUCUCUACCAUCCCAUAUUGCAAAGGAAUCCCACCGCUCGUGGAGUCCCACUCAGACAGGGGGUAUGAACACCAAGCGGCCUCGAGACGACAGCCUCCUUCCCCUCGUCAUCCCCGUGUCCGUUCCCGUGCGAAGGCUGGACCCCUCCUCUCCGGACAGAGAUGAUUCAGCGCUGGCCUCCACCUGGCCCCAGAGACCUUUAAACCCCCAGGACUUCGGGCGCUCCGACCACAAGCCCUCGGUCAUCGUCACCCGGAGACGCUCCCUCAGGAACUCGUUGUCAGAGAGCUCAGAUCAGAAUGGAAGAAGUGAAGGAGAGCGGGACGACGACGGCAAAAAGUCUAAACGGCGUCCCCGGCCUGAGCCUCUUUUCAUCCCGCCGCCUAAACCUGGUUUAUUCAUCGCCCCUCCCAUGUACUCCAGCAUGACACCCUACCAGAGCCACCUGCGCUCCCCAGUCCGCCUCGCUGAAAACCCCUUCUCCAUCCCCCCCUACACCCCCCCGCCCAUCCUCAGCCCUGUCCGAGAGGGCUCCGGCCUCUACUUCUCCACCUUCCUGUCGUCGGCUGCAGCCAGCGCCCAGGGCCUGCCGCCUCCUAUCACCCCCAAGUCUGCAACACGCAGCCUGUUGCGCUCCAACAGCUGUGACAUCACACCACCCGUUCUGUCGGCUAUCGGAGAGGCCACUCCAGUCAGCAUAGAGCCGACUUUUUUGGUGUCCUCCGCGAACCAGGGUCUUGAAACCAAAAUGGCACACUGUGAGUCUACAGAGCAGAUUUUGUCUCACUUUGGCUUCAGUAAUGAGAGCCAGCUGACGGUGGAGCAUCUGGGGCGGAUCUGCCCCGCGGUGCUGACCCAGGUCCUGCUGCCCUCCUGCCCCUACACCGGCUCCAAGACGCCGCUGCCCCAAGACUACUCCGUGUGGGGUUACGGGUUUCUGUCCGUCACUGUGAUCAACCUGGCGUCUCUGCUCGGCCUCUUCCUGAUCCCCUUCACCAAGAAGCCAUAUUUCCCCAAACUGCUGACCUACUUCGUCGGCCUCGCCAUCGGGACGCUCUUCUCCAACGCUGUGCUGCAGCUCAUACCCGAGGCGCUUGGUUUUGAUCCCAAAUUGGAUAACUAUGUGGAGAACGCAGUUGGAAUAUUUGGAGGCUUUUAUCUCCUGUUCGUUGUGGAGAAGGUACUGAAAAUGGCUCUCAGGUUAGACGAAGAGCCGCCGCCCCCCCCAGCCUCCAAAAUCCGCUACGACACCAACGCACGUAAAACCAGCCCCCCCGCAGCCAACAAAGCCUCAGCUGUCCCGGAGGGAGAGUUCCCCUGCAAGAAAUGUGGCAGGGUUUUCUUCAAGGUGAAGAGCCGCAGCGCCCACAUGAAGAGCCACGCCGAGCAGGAGAAGAAGGCGGCCGCGCUGCGACAGAAGGAGGCCGAGGAGCGGGCGGCGAGCGAGGCGGCCGCUGCGUUCGCCGCCCGGCAGAACGGGGCGCGGCAGGGGGGGGACAGCACCAACGACGAGUCGUCGGGCGAGGAGGACAAGGACGAUAAGGACUGGAAGUAAGACUGACUGAAGCGAGGCUUUACUCUCUGGGACGGGACGAGGAUUUAAAAAGGAGAAACCCCUCCUGUGUAUAUGUCGUGGGACAAGAAGACUUCCGUUGCUUGGCACAUUCAGGGACAGAUUUACUCCCGAGUGAGUGAGUGAGUGUGUGUGUGUGUGUGUGUGUGUGUGUGUUGUAGCUCUGAGAGU